AUGGCGUUCAGCCUAAUAUCUUUGAAACGCUCAUGGAGCAUUUUUACUGGUGGAUUUAUUGCUGUAGUUAUGAUAUGGGUAAAAUAUAAACCAGAAAAAAAUGACACGAUAGCGACUGACGAUGAGCCUACAGUUUUUGAAGAACAGAAAUUAAAUGUUUCAUAUGAGUCCCCGCCAAACCACAAAGAAGUUUCAGAAUCUGAAAUAAAAUCUGAGGCUGAUGAAAAGUCUCUGGAGAAUGAAGUGUUCAGCAGUUUAUGUGAUCCAGUUGCAAAAAAUGUGUUGGAAAAGCAGGGAGCUGUUGCUAGUAUACGAAAUGAUUUGCUUGAAGGUUGGAGGAAGAGAAGUUUAGAUUACUUUAUAUCUGCUGAGCUUAAUCGUUUAAAUGUUCUUUUGGGAUCUGAGCAUUGUCCUCAGAUUUCGUUUCUGGUGGAGGACGAUACGCAGUGCACCACAGAAAAUGGGAUUCAUACACCAACCAGUUCAUUUAUAUCAAGUCUAACAUCUUCAGAGAAUGAUGCUGAUAUUGAAGAAAUGAUGGAAGAGAAUAAGGUGUCUCUCGAUAGUUUGAAACCAGUUGCCUCACCUGAUAAAAACUUGGAUUUGGAUUCAGAAGACGCACCAUUCAGCUGGCCCAAAGAAGUAGAAAAUUCUGUUAAAAAAGAAAUAGUUGAAGAGGAAGAGAAUGGUAAAAAUAUUUAUAACACUAACUGCGACUCAGCAGGCUGUUAUAAGCCUGCUGAUUCUCCAGCUGCUCAUAGUGAGAAUUACUCAUUUACUUCAUUAUUAUGCAGUGCUAUUCCUUACUAA